UGGGCGAGAGUCGCGCCCGGGGAACGCGCCGAGCGGGGUGUCCCGCGGGCGGCGUGGAGCGCGCUGGACGCGCGCGAGGAGCUGACGCGGCGCGCGGACCUCGGCGAUUUUCUUCAGCGACUGGUGGACGACGAGGACUUCCAGGCGGAUAUGAAAACACCCCGAGUGCGGCCGGCGGUGGAGGAGGUGAUCGAAAACUUUCACAACGUGCAGCGGUGGAGGGACGACGCCACGGUCAUGGGCGUGCUCAACAAGUUCAGGCACGUGCAGAGGUACUGCAAGGAGGCCGGGGUCAGGAUCCGGUUCGAGGAUGUGAUUGUCAAAAACCGGGCAGACGCCGACGAGAGGAGGGGUCGAAUCGCGAAGAUGAGACGGGCGGCGGAUGACGCGCUGGAGCGAGCGAGGGAGGACGUGCUCGCCUUCGCGCCGAUGGAGCGGUCGACGAAGCGCGAGGCGGGCGGCGGCGGCGGCGCGGAGGGACCGGCGACGGAGCGGUUGAAGACGGAGCGGUUGAAGAAAUUACAAACCUUGGCGUUUGCGUUGGCAGCCGUCGCCGCGGUGCUCCUCGCGGCGGCGGUUCGCGCACUCGGAGGAGGGCGAGGCGCACUCGGCUCGUCGCCUUGAAUAGACACAGAUGUCGUCGC